CACGUCUCGACGUCCUCGAGACCUCCAUUGGUGCCUUAUCCCAUUUCGCCUCGUCCGAAAAGUAGGUAGACCCAUCCAGAGCCGAGAAAAUUAUUGCGGAGACAAUGAGCGUGCUUGGCUAUCCAACUUUUUUCAUUUUUGCGGCCCUUAUCAUCUGCGGGACAACCUUGGAGGCAACCCAUGGAGCUGUUUCUUCGUCUGCUCUUACUCCCUCAUUGAGAAGACGAACCCAGCAACAUCAACGACAGUUGCCAGAUCACACCGAUGAUCCCAAUGUUUGGGGUGUCCAAAGUGGGCCUGCCACUGGUGACAGUGAUGCCGGAGGAAUGAUCUAUGACAUGAAGCAUGAUUCUCUGGUACUUGUGGGCACCACGCACGACGCGGAUUUUUUUCAUAGUGGCGACAAUCCCAACUCUGUGGAUUGCUUUAUUGCAACAGUGCAGCUUCCCCCCGUUGUAGAUGAAAUAGCUGAAAGAGAAGCAGGGAAUGCAUCCGACACCAAUCUACUACAACCUACCUGGGAAUUCACAGCUCUACACCGUGUUGCCACGAACAAUCUUUUGGAUCGCUGUGAUCUUGUCACAGCGCAGCAAGGAGAUUUUAGGAAACGUUAUUUCAGUGCUGGCACAUUGGCUGUGAGAACUGACACCAACCAGCAGGCCAGAGCAGUACAUCCCUUCAUGAUGGAACUCAAUUUGGCCUUUUUUGAUGGCGUCAAUGAAGAAACUUCUGUCACAACCAGUAACCAAUUCAAGGUCCUGGAUGAGCCGAUUGAUGUAGGAAACAACCCCCUCUUGUUGCCGAUCAACAAUGAUAUCAUCCUUCCAUCUGCAAGCACUUCAGAUCGUCAAUUUGUGUAUUUGGCCACCAUUGAUCGUGUUCUGGUGACGACGCAAGUUGAUACUCAGGUUCGACCAGUAUUCCGGCUUGACUUGGGAAUUUCCAAAUUUUUGACAACAGACAACCCAGAUGAUCCUUUCUCUAAAGUGUGGUCGCGUAUCUAUCCCACAUCAAUUGUAGAGAUGCGAAAUGAUGGAGUCCCUCAUGUUACCUCGGGAUUGUUUCAUCCUGUACCAGGUAUGCCACCCGGUUUAAGCGACGUUGAGAUUGCUCAAUCUCUGAUUGAAGAAGAAAUGGAGCAGUUGGAACAGCCACACAACAGGGAAGAAGAAAUGGACUUGCACUGGCAUGAAUAUGGAUACGAUGCUGUCUUGAUUACUGGUUUGGAAUUGAUUCAGACGGAAGAAGAAGCGGAUCAAUAUUUGCUCAUUGCAGGUUCUGCACCAGGGACACAAGAAGCCAUCGAUAGCGCAAAUUCAAAUCAAACCUUGAGUGGUCAUCCUUUCUUGAAUGGACGGGCAACUCAUAUAAGUGACUGGGAUGGCUUUGUGGCAAAAGUCAGAGCUGACAAUGGACAAACUUUGCGUCCUCCUGAUCAGGGUACUAAUUCCAGGCCCGUGCCCAACACAUGGAGUUUCAAACUGGCAUCCCAGCCACGGCGCAAUGAUUUCAUCCAAUCCAUUUGCACUGCCAAGGUGCAUCCCAUACUCAACCCUUAUAUCCACAAUGUGGCCUAUGUUGUUGGCACUACUCAGGGAAAGCUCGCUGGUGAUCGGAAUGGGGGUGCUGUUAUAAUCAAGUUGGACCUGCAAACCAUGAAUGCGUAUUGGAAGAGACAAAUUCCAGGUUUCAAUGUCCAGGGGCUCUCCUGUCAGGUAUUGGUGGAUGUGCCAUCAUAUGGAACCACAAUUGAGGCUGAAUCCAGAGAUCUUUUGUAUGUUGCGGGGGAAGUCCAUGGGCACAUGACGGUAGAGCUGGCGGAUGGAAGGCAAGUCAACACGGAUGGUCAUGGUGAAACUGAUAUUUGGGUAGCCCAGAUGAGGGCAUCCGAUGGUAAGAUUAACUGGUUGCAUCAAAUUGGAACGUCAAAUCAAGAUCGGCUGGCCAAGAAUGUCAAUAAUCCAAUGCUAACAGAAGGCAGGCAAGAAGUUUCUAUGGGACAAACUGGGAGUGGUAAGGGAGCACUCGCUUUGGAUCGCCAUGGCAAUGCCAUUGUCUAUGGCACAACAACCGGGUCAUUGGCCAGGAGUAAAGAUCCUGGUGAUCGCAUCAGGGAUAUCUUUGUGCUUCGGCUUCAUCGUGAUGAUGGCAGUUUCCGAGCCAUCCUACCUCCUCCCAAUUAUGUCGAAGAAAGUCCUAUCAGCACCAGUGGAGGCACCUCCACCCCGGCUCCAACACCAAACGCUGCCAGCAGCAUUAGCAGAACCAGCCGUGGCGGCGGUGACAGCAUGAUCACUGAUCUUUGCUGUGAUUGAUUGAGACGAUCCUAGCGCUCGUGUCGUACACAUAUCUGUUUGAUUUGGAAAAACUUCUUUUUAUGUAAUCAUGCACUCUAAUAAUGUAGGUGUCUUUU